AUGGAGAAGGAAACAAGCAACGACCAAAAACAUCAAAAUUCAGAAAACUUUUCAGAGUCAAAAAACAUCGAAGUCUCUACCAGUUUUGCAUUCCAACAACAAUUUAGGAUAAACUCGAUUCAAAAUCAAACAACCUCUGAAAGGAGAGAAGGGUCUGUCACUGACAGUUCUUUCCUCCUUUUUGCCCAAAUAAUUGUUUGUGGAACACUUUUUGGUAUUGCCACAAUUUUAUUAUGGCAAUUACCUUUUUCUACAAGAUUUAGAAAUCGGUUGGAGCCUGUUGCUUCAAUGCCUGUUCAACAAGAUGAAUUGGAAUGUUCCCGGACUUGUAGAAUUCAACUAGUCGAAAGUAUUGCCCAAAACCUCACAUUUCCUGUUGAAUAUUCCCAACAACCAGCAUUGUCUACAUUCUCUGCCUGGAAUUUACUUAUUAAUUCAGCUAAAAAUUCACUUUUAAUUGCUGCAUAUAAAUCGAGUUUGAGAGGAAAACACGUUCUUGGCGAGCAGGCUUUGAACAAUAUUUCUUUUCAAGGCGAAAAAAUGUUUGAUGCACUUAUUGGUGCUGGACUUGAUAGAGGAAUACAAAUAAAAAUGGUUGAGAAUGCUGUGGCUAAGGAUAAGGGAGAUAAUGAAGACGGAACUUCUUUGGCCAAAAGAGGUGUUUUGAAUAGAAGGGUCCUUAAUCUACAAAAAAUAUUUAAUACUGGAGUUAUGCAUUCUAAAGUUAUUGUUGCUGAUAAUAAACAUUUUUAUUUGGGAUCUGCUAAUUUGGAUUGGCGUUCUCUGACACAAAAAAUGGAAAUGGGUGUGCUUAUGCAGGAUUGUCCCUGUCUAAGCCGCGACUUGGCCAGAAUUUUUGAAAUUUAUUGGCAAGCAUCUGAAAAGAAAUGUGCUAAAGAAGUCAAAAAAAUGAUACAACAAAUGCCCCCAGCAUUUUACAAUUCUCAAAAGCCUUUGGCUAUUUUUGAUGGGGAAAAUAAUAAAUUGGAUGUGCAUUUAUCUGCAUCUCCACGUUCAUUAAACAGUCCAAGGCGAAGUUGGGAUUUAAACGAUAUUGUUGAAGCUAUAAAAAAUGCCAAAACUUUUAUAUUAAUUCACGUCAUGGAUUACUUCCCAAUGUUUUUAUAUACACAAAAAGGAAAGUAUUGGCCACCAAUAGAUAACGCUAUAAGAGAAGCUAUCCUUAGAGGCGUCAAAAUUAAAAUAAUUUCAACAGCUUUACAUUUUCCCAGUAAAGGAUUGGGAUUUUUAAAAUCGUUGGAAGUGUUGGGUGAAAGAUAUGGUGGUGGUUCUGUUACUGUUAAAAUAUUCAAAGUCCCAGCAGACUCUUUUGCCUACCAGCCAGUCCUUCAACGAGACAGAAGAACCCACAAAAAGUUUUUAAUGACCGACGACACUUUAAUUAUUGGAACGUCGAAUUGGUCCGGAGAUUAUUUUGAAGAUUUAGGCACUGGAGUAGCCAUAGUUUUGAAGCAAACAGAAAAAAGAAGAAAAAUUCCUCAAAUAUUUAAACAAAUGAAGAAUUUAUUUGAAAGGGAUUGGAAUAGUAAUUAUGCCCAUUUAUUAAAUUUUUAUAUUAAAAAUUGUUUGGAAGAAAAUGAAGGGAGGGAAGUUGAAGGAAUUUGUGAAAUUGAAAAAGAUCCCAGUUUAUUAACUAAUUUUGUUGAUAUUAAUAGAACAACAUCUACUCAAUGA